UUUUUUCUCUGUGAAGGAAGCACGGCCCCACCUCGCAACUUUGCCGAGACGCUGCCGACAGAAAUGAGCGUGAGGAUCUUUGGCGAGCUGGACGCGGCGAGCCUGUGCAGCGCGGCGAGGACCUGCAGGCUGUGGCAUCAGAUCAUCGAGCAGAGCGAGCAGCUGUGGAGGAAGCAGUGCCUGAUGGUCCGAGCCAUCUGCCAGAGGGAGGUCGACAGCGACCGGAGACACGGCCUCUCCUGGAAGGUGAUCCUGGUGAGGAACUACAUCCGCAGCCUUGUGAAGAAAGACUGGCUGAUUGGACGGUUCAGCCACGUGAGGUCGGCGGACGAGCUGAGCGGCAGGAAGCUGACGCCGCUGGACGCGGAGACCUGGGGCGAGAUCCUGCAGGCCGAGCUGGAUCGAUGACGGCGUUGCAGUUUUAUCAAAGCACCUCGAGCACUUCUGAUUUUUAACUCUAAUAUAUUCCCUCUGUUUGUGUUUCAGGGAAACACAAACUUUUGUACAUACUUUUAACAUUUUUAUAGAAAAAAAUCACAGAGAAACAAAGUGAAUUUUUUUUUAAAUUUGAGCCUUUUUGU